UUGGUACUUGCCCUUACCCUUUACACUCCUGGACACUCUUAGGACCUCAUCUCACCUUAUCGCGGGCAAUUACACCGCCGCGCUCUCUCUCCCUCUCUCUUCUUGCUCUUCUGGUUUCCUCUUACUCUCCCCCCUCCCUCUCAAAAACAUUUGAAUCCUCCAUCUUCCCACCAUAAACAUACCCGUGAAAAACAUGCAUCUCUCCAAAUCCGCCCGCACGCUUCCGGGUCGGUCCGUUAGCUGAAAUUGGCUAGCUGAGUGAACAUUUCACAUACCCGACCUAACAUAGACACACUUACUACCCUUUUCUUUAUACCCUCCCGGAUCCUCACCUUGGACAACCUCUUCUCUCCCUCUACCGCCGAGUAGUCGCCCUCCCCAGUGACCCUCCGCGUCACUCCAUUCCCCCCAAUCCUCACGAUCCCGCGUCGUUCCCCGGGGGGAAAAAGUGCAACACCCACUUCGCAAUUCCUCUCCUCGGCUCGCGCAAUCCGUCACCAUGUUCGGUCCUUGGAUCGUCGCCUUUGGGUGGCUUAAGAAGCACACCCCAAGGAAGAUAUCUCCCUUCAGACUUCAGAUGAACUUCAUCACUCUCCAUUAUGUGUACAUUAUCUUCAUGACGCUCCUCGGGUCCAUCAUGAUCUAUCCUGCGGGUGACCUGGCCUACAUCGAUGCUCUUUUCUUUGCCAGCGGUUCCGCGACGCAGAGUGGUCUCAAUACCGUUGAUCUCAACAGGAUCAAACUGUAUCAACAGAUCGUCAUUUACUUCAUAACCAUCAUGUGUACGCCAAUCUUCAUUAACACCUUCGUCGUCUUCAUCCGCCUCUACUGGUUCGAAAAGCGAUUCCAACACGUCGUUUCCGAAGCGAGAUCCCUCCGUCGGUAUAAAAGUAGAUCCAGGACGAAGAGCCAGGCGAAACAGGACCUGGAGAUCGAUCCCGCGCGUGAGGAGGAAGGUGUUGGCGAUCGGGAAAUAAGGGUCUUGAGAGCACCGGAUGGCGCGGCGACGGGCACAAAGAUCGAGGACGAGGAUCGUUUUCGAGACGGGGAGAUUGAAGAUGAUCCCCACCUCCCUAUUCGAGCACCAACAACGGACGAAAAACGCAACAACCAAGAUGACUACGAUUUCCCAAGAACAGACCGAGUGAACAUGCCCUUCCAUCGAGAUAUAAGUUUCGCCGAUGAGGUCGUUUCUCCAACACCCUCCCAGAGAAGGGAGACGGCCAUUGCUUUUGUCGAAAACCAGCGCAACCCAAAGGAUAAAGGCGUCUACCGAGUUCCCGGACCCAGAGAUUACGAUCUUGGAUUCACCCCCCAACGCAUUGAAGAGGAUGAACAAUUGAAUAAAGAAACGACGAACGAGGAUGGGCAAUCGCCGAUCAGACGGCACAGAUCCAACUCGGUCCCUCCAACGGAACUCAAUUCAGAUGACCACCCGUUGAAACAGCACAUUACCAUUGACGUACCUGAUACGCGACCACGUCCCCAUGGUGGCCCUUCUGCUUACACCCUCAAUACGGGCCGAGCCGUAACUGCGGAUGCCGAAACACCAACAGCAGGCCAGCAUCUACGCCAGCGGACCACUAGGACUUUCAGCAGCUUUCUGUCAAAGGCUCGGGAGGAAGAACGGGACCCAAUGCCCUACUUGAGCUGGUCGGCAACCGUUGGACGUAACUCUGCGUUUGUUGAUCUGACUGAGGACCAACGAGAGGAAUUGGGCGGAAUUGAAUACCGAGCUCUGAAACUUCUCGCCGUUAUUCUCGUGUGUUACUACAUCGGUUUCCAUCUGUUGGGAAUGGUCGUUUUGACCCCCUGGAUCAACCGGGACGGCCACUACAGAGGCGUUGUGGAGGAAGUGGGCGUUGAUCCAACGUGGUGGGGAUUUUUCACACCAGCCUCCAUGUUCAACGAUCUUGGUUUUACCUUGACACCGACGUCCAUGAUUCCUUUCCAAUUCGCCGUCCUGCCAUUGUUACUAGGUACUUUCUUGAUCAUCAUUGGAAACACGGGUUUCCCAUGCAUGCUUCGAUUUAUCAUCUGGCUUUCUUCAAAAUGCGUGCCGUAUGGCAGCGGUGUAUGGGAAGAGCUUCGGUUUCUGCUUGACCAUCCGCGUCGAUGCUUUACCUUACUUUUCCCCAGCAGUGCUAACUGGUGGCUAUUCUGGGUCCUCAUUCUCCUCAACGGCAUCGACCUGAUCUUCUUCGUCAUUCUUGAUCUGAAAGAUCCCACUGUCACUUCCCUUCCGGCUGGCUUUAAGUUUCUCGACGGAUUAUUCCAAGCAGCUGCCACCCGAACCGCUGGUUUUGCCGUAGUCAACAUCGCAGACCUCCACCCGGCUAUCCAGGUAUCCUACCUAAUCAUGAUGUACAUUUCCAUUUUUCCGAUUGCUAUCAGCAUGCGACAAACGAAUGUGUACGAAGAGAAGUCUCUUGGCGUAUAUAGUUCCGAAGAGGACGAGGAGACUAAGAGCAGCUACCUCGGAACGCAUUUGCGUCGCCAACUUUCCUUCGACUUGUGGUUCGUCUUCCUUGGUUUCUUCCUCAUUGCCAUUGUAGAAGGCUCGCGACUGGAAAACACCAACGAGUACGCCUUUACCCUCUUUACCGUGUUGUUCGAGAUUGUAUCUGCAUACGGCACUGUCGGGCUUAGUCUUGGUUACCCUGGAAUCAACGCAAGUUUCUCGGCAGAGUUCCGGACGCUCUCGAAGCUCAUCAUCAUCGCUAUGCAGAUCCGCGGCCGGCACCGUAGUUUACCGUACGCACUAGAUCGCGCUAUCUUGCUUCCAAGCGAGAGUCUUCACAAGAAAGAGGAUGAAGAUGCGACGAGAAGAGCCCGACGUCCAAGCAACGCCAGCUUCAACGGACUGCACCAGACGAACUCUGGCCUAACUCGCCGGCCCAGUACCGUGACACUCGAGGGAGCCAACACGAGAGGAAGGUUCCGGCCUCAAGACGUGGGCCGAUUCUUGAGUGGAGCACUGAACGCAGGCCCGAGCAUGCCUAGAGAGAAAAGAGCAUAAAAGUCGAUUUUCACCUUCGCAUAUGGCACCACAGCCUCUCUGGCUUUUCCUAUUGUUACUUCUAUUGGUGUUGUGGAACAUGAUUACUUCAUACAAACAUUCUGGAACCGGGGAGUUUCUAAAUAUACUUAGGAUUAUCGAUUGUACAUUGGAAUAUAUUCUAGGCGCUUGGGAUUGGAUAGGUUUUGGGCAUAUUUACGGAUUCUUCGUGGGUACAUUGGACGGAUACCCAGUUUAUUGCUCAGCUUGCAUAGUUUGAGGGGACAAGACCAGAUAGAGAUAAUCGGAAAGACCAUUCUGCUUCUCGGCAGCAAAGC